AACGCCGGAUCGUUAACCCACUGAACAAGGGCAGGGACCGAACCCGCAACCUCAUGGUUCCUAGUCGGAUUCGUUAACCACUGCGCCACGACGGGAACUCCAGGAAUCUCUCUAUCUUUAGGUCUCAAAAUUGUUCUGGAUCCUGAUACUUUGGGGUUUGGGGAUGUAGGAUGGGGUCCUUUCCACUGGGGUGACUCAUCCCCCUUUCAGCUCAUCCUUAUUGCCCAGGAUGUCCUAGUUUUAUCACGGAAACUCUCUUGUCCCACCCCCUCAGUCCUUGGCAAACGUAGAUGUUUGGUUACCUGAGUGUCACUCUGACCAUCCCCCAGCUUCUGCUUUAGUGACUGUUCACACCACCACCCAUGCAAAGACAGAGAGAGAGAGAGAGAGAGUGCACUCACGUGAAGGAAAUCUAGUCCUCAGGCCACAAAGCUGGGGUUAGGGUGGAGCUCUGGAUUUGGGGGGGCAGAGAGUAUGCUUAGGGUCUCUAGUCAGGUGGAAGAGGAAUGGCCACUGAGGGGGAUGGAGGUGGGGAGCAGCUUGGCAGAUAAAGCAAAGACAACCCAGUUCCUGUCAGAAGCAACCUCUGGUUGACACUGGCUAUGAGCAGGAAGCUUCUAUCCCCAAACACCGACUUCAGGGGCUCUUCCUGUCCUCACGCACCGAGGCAGAGUCUCCCUAGCUUCUGCUAUGCAUUCCCCAUCCCACACACCCUCUGUGGUCAGAAAGCCCUUCCUCAACUCUGCCUUCAGUUCUUGCUGCGGUUUCAGCCCAUUUCUUUUCAUCAUAUCCUCUCCCUGAUAGCUGCCGGGCCAACUCUGCUAUGGCUUUUGUCAAAUCAGGAAAGGUGGGGGCACUGCAAAGGGUAAGGGACCUCCACGACCACCAUGACCUUCAGUAUCUUUCCUGAGACGUGGCAGAGUUCGAAGGGAAGCAGGAAGGCUCCUGGCCAGAGUGAAGGAAAGAUUUUGGGUCCUUAGCUUCUGCAGGAGAGUUCAAGAAGAGAAGACUGCCUUCCUUCCAGGGAGGCGGAAGAGUCUGGGGGCCUGUUUCCCUUUCCACAUUCCUGGUUUCCCCUCUUGGCAGGGCGGGCAUAAGGCAUCACUCCCCUGACUCCCUCGUGCCUGCUCCCUGUGCUGAGCCCCUGCUUCCUCUGUAUGUUUAAGGUGGACUGAACAGUCAGCUGUGGAAAGAUAGGAAGGAGGUGGUGCUGACUUCCCUGCCCAGCGCUGAGACCUGAAGUCAAAAUUCAUGUGGCAGAGUAGCCAUAUGGUCAAGCACAAGGCACAUGCAUGGUUUGGGAAGGGAGGGAACUGCCAUUCUGUGUGAUACUGGAAAGACCCUUUGGACUUUUGCUUCUACCGAGGAGAAGGGAGAUUGACCUUGAAUGGAACUAGUCCUUUUAAAUGAGGGGAGGGAUCAGAGGGUGCAGGCCUAGAAACCCCAGUCAUGGCUUGAACCCAAGCCAAAGACAGAUUGCUGUCCUCUUCAAGGACAAGUCAUGAUGUCACCUGACCCAAACCCAGAAUCUAGCCAUACCACCAACCUACUCUUCCUAUUAAUCUAAAAAUCAACAUCGUAAACAGAAAAUGUACAGAUACCUGACAUUCUGACCUAUCAAUCUAAGCCCAUUUCCCCUCUCUGGCUUCCUUUCCUCUUUUUCCUGUGUGACACAAUUUACUAUUCUGUUCAUUUCUCCAGUCCAGACCUGCAUCUGAGGCCACACCCAGCCUAACCCCUCCCUCACCCCUCUUUCCUCUCUCCCUGCCCCUUCCUGGGCUCUUUUCUCUUGGCCCAACCCCUGAGGAGUCCUCCUUCUUGUUGGGCUCUUCUGGAACACUGUCACCCCCCUCCCAUGAAAGGAGGAGGUAGGAGUUUCAGCCCCACCCUCAGGAAGAUGUGUCGUCUCCCUCCCCUGCUCCGUGGUACUUCCUCUCUGGCUGACUUAGCUGACAAAACCCAGACCCUGGGCCAGAACCCCAGCACUGGGACAGUGCUUAUCUGGGAAUAAGCUACACCACUCGGCCCUCACCCUAGGAUUGACACCAGCUUCCAACCAGUGCCUGGCAAAGCCUGUAAGUCCUUGCAAUGGCCAUGAACACUACAUCUCCUGCGGCAUCCUCCUCACCACCUGUCAUGUUCAUCUCUCUGCUGGCUAUCAUUCCACUGUCAGUGGCACUGGCUGUGGGGCUUCCUGGCAACAGCUUUGUGGUAUGGAGCAUCCUGGCAAAGAUGCGAAAGCGCUCUGUCACUGCCCUGUUGGUGCUGCAUUUGGCCCUGGCAGACUUGGCCGUAUUGCUCACUGCCCCCUUCUUCCUUCACUCUGUGGCCCAAGGCAACUGGACUUUUGGACUGGCUGGCUGCCGCCUGUUCCACUAUAUCUGUGGAGUCAGCAUGUAUGCCAGCGUCCUGCUCAUCACAGCCAUGAGUCUGGACCGCUCGCUGGCAGUGGCACGCCCCUUUGUAUCCCAGAAGCUGCGCACCAAAGCAGUGGCCUGGCGGGUGCUGGCAGGCAUCUGGGUGGCGUCUGUUCUCCUGGCCACGCCGGUCAUCGUAUACCGCAAGGUGAUCUUGAAACAGAACAACAGGAGCCUGGUCUGCCUCCCUAUGUACCCCAGCGAAGGACAUAGGGCCUUCCAUCUCUUCUUCGAGGUCAUCACCGGCUUCCUGCUGCCCUUCCUGGCCGUGGUGGCCAGUUACUCCGACAUUGGGCGCAGGCUGCGGACCCGGCGCUUCCGCCGCAGCCGCCGCAUGGGCCGCCUGGUGGUGCUCAUCAUUCUGGCCUUCGCAGCCUUUUGGCUGCCCUAUCACGUGGUGAACCUGGCCGAGGCGGUCCGCGCGCUGACUGGCAAGGCCUCGGGGGCCGGGGCGGUGGGGAAGGGGCUGUGGCUGGCCCGCCAAGUGUUCAUUACGUUGGCCUUCCUGAGCAGCAGCGUGAACCCCGUGCUGUACGCGUGCGCUGGCGGCGGCCUGCUGCGCUCGGCUGGUGUGGGCUUCGUCGCCAAGCUGUUGGAGGGCACCGGCUCCGAGGCAUCCAGCACCCGCCGCGGCGGCACCCUGGGCCAGACGGUGAGGGGCGACGUCGCCUCUCCGGAGCCUGGCCCCACCGAGAGCCUCACUGUCUCUACCAACCCUCUCGAGUGAAACGGACUCAAUCAACAAAGACUGCGGGGUGGUGGCGAGGGUGGUGGCCGAGGAAGGACGCUCCCUUUCCUUCUGGGGGAAUGCCUCCCCGCCUGGCGGGCCUGACCCAAUUCUUUAAACUCCCCUUACCCUAGGAUGCGGGUGGGGGGUGGAGCGGAAGAGAGGGAGGGGAGGAGCAAGUCAGGGCAGAAUGAGAAGCUGCACUCCCCCCACCCCGCCCCCGCGCGGGCAGCUUUACAGUUAAAACUCAGGUCUGAAAUUGGGUCAACCUUGUGCGUGGGUUAUGUGUAUUAUGGGGGGUUGGGGUGCUUCUGGUUGCCCUUAUGGGGGUCCUUCUCAGUAGUUGAGAGGCACAUCCUUUAGUUUCUCGUGAUUUUCAAUUUGGGAAGAGACACAAAGACAAAGACAUCAGACUGUCUUCCCUCUCCCGUUCUGAGGCAGGUGGUCUGCAGCUCCUACUUAGAACAACACAAGUCUGCAGACCCUUGAAGGGGCUGGCCAAGGAAGACACCCCCCCACCCCCACCCCCAUGUGGUCUCAUCAUUCCAGUCUCCCUGACUCAUCCGGCCUUCUGAGAACACUUAGCACUGUUGGGAGGUGUCUACCUUGAAGACUCUGAUAGGUAUCCUUAUUAGCAGGACUCCACCUUCCUGAGUAAUCUUUGUCCCCUCAGUGGGAGAUGUCCUAGGGCUGGCCUUCCUUUUUUCUUUCUGCCAAGGAGGCCUCCCUUGAGAACCAAGUCAUCAGGUCUCAUUCCCUAGAAUUCUGUGCAUCAGCAUUCUGCCAGCCCCUAAAACAUUCUCUGGUGUAGGUUCAAGAGUUGAGGGCCCUCUGUGAUGUGGUCACCCUCUAGGAAAUGAAGAUUUGCAAAAAUGAGACAGAUGAAUCAUUCUUCCUGAGGGAUGACUGUUGUCUUACAAAAACCUUGGCUCUGUUCUGACAGCAUUUUAGGAAGACAGAGCAGUAGUAUCUCUCCCAUAAAAAAGAAAGAACAACUAGGAGAAAAGCCAAAGGUCCAUGUGCAACACCUGCAACAAACCUAGGGUGUCAAGAUAUCUCCUGUGGACCCCAAAAUAUGAGCAAGUGAGAAUAAGCCAUGGACGCUUCAAGACCUAUGUAACAUCAGCAUCAGUACAGAAGGAUGCAGAAGGAAGCAAGGGACUUUGUAGCAACUUGGAUGGACCUAGACAUUAUCGUACUAAGCAAAGUAAGUCAGAAAGGGAAAGACAAAUACCAUAUGAUAUUACUUAUAUGUGGAUAAAUCAACAUAGCAAUGAAUCUAUGAAAGUCAACAUAUCUACGAAACAAAAAGACUCACGGAUAUAGAGAAGAGACUUGUGGUUCUGAGGGGGAGGGGGACAGGGGAGAGAAGUAUUGGGAGUUUGGGAUUAGUGGAUGCAAACUAGUAUAUAAAGGAUGGAUAAACAACAAGACCCUAUUGUAUAGCACUAUAUUCGAUGUCCUGUGAUAAACCAAAAUGGAAAAGAAUAUAAAUAUAUGUAAAAUUGAGUCACUUUGCUGUUCAGCAGAAAUAUGAUAUUGCAAAUCUACUAUACUUCAAUAAAGUUAAAAAAAAUAAAAAAAA